AUGUCGGAAGACGCCUUGUCAGCACUUUGGUUGCAGCGAUUGCCUAGUAACAUUCGUUGCAUCUUAUCUGCGUGCAGCUCCAAGGAUGUUAAUCAAAUGGCCGAAUUGGCAGAUAGAAUAACUGACAAUAUGCCCACUCCUCAUUAUGUUAUGGCUACCGCAUCUGCAAUUAACCGACGCAGUAACACAGAGGAAUCAACAUUGGAGGCACGUGUGACAGCGUUAGAAAUAUCUCUGCAACAAGUGGUAAGUAAACUAAGUGAAAUAGCAAUAGAGCUCAGACGACCAGCAAACUCACAGGGGCGAAUCAGGGCUCGCAGUUCUAGCAGAACUCAGUUUAAAAGUCAGCGUGAAGAUCGAAAAGUCUGUUAUUAUCACAUUAAAUUUGGAACAGCUGCAACAAAAUGCUUAAAACCAUGCGAGUUCGGCUGCCAAACAACUAAUAUCAAACAGAAGGAAAACUAA